AUGGAUUCCUCGUCAAGGAGUGGCUACCCACUUCCGCUUCGACCAAGCACCACCGGUCAAUUCCGCUUUGGGGCCACCCCUUACUCUACCAUUAUAAUUGGGGUAUGGGGUUCGAGACAAAGAAAGAUCAAGGCAGCAUAUCAGUUUUUCCUAUAUACUUCUAUUGGAUCCGUUUUGAUGCUAUUAGCUAUUCUGUUGAUUCUUUUCCAAACAGGAACCACCGAUUUACAAAGAUUAUUAACUACAGAAUUUAGUGAGCGGCGCCAAAUCUUUCUAUGGAUUGCUUUUUUCGCCUCUUUCGCCGUCAAAGUGCCUAUGGUACCAGUUCAUAUUUGGUUACCCGAAGCCCAUGUGGAGGCACCUACGGCUGGAUCCGUCAUCUUGGCAGGAAUUCUUUUAAAAUUGGGAACCUACGGGUUUUUCAGAUUUUCAAUACCCAUGUUUCCCGAAGCGACACUUUGUUUGACUCCUUUCAUUUAUACUCUAAGCGCGAUUGCUAUAAUAUAUACUUCCUUGACCACUUUAAGACAGAUCGAUCUUAAGAAGAUCAUUGCCUACUCCUCAGUAGCCCAUAUGAAUCUGGUGACUAUUGGUAUGUUUAGUCGGGCGGCGGCCCUUAGGUCACCUAUUUUGAGUUAUGGACACAGAAGCAAGGCCAAAACAUGUGUGCCGGGCGUGCGACCCAUCAUCCUACUAGCAAUAGGGGAGAUCAAAUAGCAUGUCGCAACAAAAGCGUCGAUUCGAGGCGUCAGCAAUGCCGUCUGUUCCAAAGAAAGCCCUUAGCGCCCCGGGACGGGAGUGGGGGACGGCCCUACGCGCAGACAGCUGCAGCACCGGCUCUACGAAGUCCGAAUCGAAUCUUUGGCUUUCCCGUGAAUAAUCAGGGCGCGGCGAAGCGAGCGCUUCUAGCUCUUUCGCUUGCUUCUUUCUUAUUGUGGCGGCUAUGUUGGCGUGGCGGAAAUGAACGAAAAGCGAGAUUCACGUGAUUUUCAAAUAGAUUGAUAGAUGGCCUGAUCUGUUCUGAUAGAUCGAAAGAGUAGGAAUGGAUAGAUAAUAAAGAGGAAGGAAAAAGGCCUCACCCCGUCUACACGUCGCUAUAAUUAUAAUAAUCGCUCGUCCCUCUCCCACAGCAACACCCAACCCCCAUCAUAAGUAUUUGUUGGCUUUAGGCCAUUUACUCUUACCUUAGUCAGUCGAGCCUAUCGGAAAUCAGGGAUGAGACUCUCUCCCUAAUAAGAUAGGUCGAGCCUCCCCAUCAGCAGUAUUUUCUCGCGAUUACUUAGGGUGGGGCUAUUCAAAACUACUCGACGAUCUGCCGAAUACAAUACAAUACAAUACAAGACUUUCUCAGUCGCCCCACAGCAACAGUCGUAAAUGGCUUUAGGCCAUUUACUCUUACCUUAUCAAUAUUA